AUGGCAUCUUCAAACGACGAGUUCGGCACCGUCUCUUCCUUCCUCAACGCCGACCUGCUUCAAGCUAUCGGCGAAGCAGGAUCCCGCGUCCCCUCUGGCCCCGCCUCGCAGCUCGCCGACAAAGAACUCGGCUACAAGAUCAAGAGAGGUGGAGAUGCCUCUUCUCCUCCCCCUUCUCCUACCUCUCCAGAAGGAUCGCCGCCAGCUGCUCCUCGCUUGACCGGCGAACCGGUCGAACUCCUCAUCUCCCGCCUAUUGUCCCUGCCCCAAGCAAAUAACGACCACGCGGGCAUGGUGACCAUCGGCCUUCCGCUGGUGAUGAAGUGCCUGGGCCAGCACAUGGUCUACGACUCGACGAAGCACCGGGUGCGGUUGAAGGCCCACUCGGAGGUGAGGUUGCGGGGCGCUGAGCUGGGGCUUCCUGCGGGGUAUCUGGCGUGGCUGUGUGCGGAUGACGGCGCGAGGGCAACGAACAUCUUGCGCAUCAGGGUGUCAGAGCUGAAGGCGGGUGAGGAGAUACUGGGCAGAACCUGGAAAGGAGUAGACGGUUAG